UUUUAUGUUAGUUCCGUAGUUAGUUUCGCUUCUCCAACGUUGCGAUAAAGAACUUGAUGUAUCGCGACGUUUAACACGUGCAAUUAAUUAAAAAAGAAAAAAAAUAGUUGAAAUGUCAAUGAAAAUAUCAACAAAGUGUUAUUAUUAUUAUUACGUUAAACAGCUGAAAUGUAAAACGAUAAUUAAUAAAACGAGCGAAGAUUGUGAUUGAUUGGAAUUCAAUCGUGAGAGAGAAAAAUUCGAAAGAGGACAAUGAGAAAUCGUGGUGGUGAAGGUAUUUGAGGGAAAAAAUUUUCGAAGCGGAAAGCACGAUGCCACACUCGCGACCGGAAACGUUCGAGUUGAUGGUCGAAGCCGAGAAGCCUUCCAAGUGUAUCAGAUUUCUACGUUUUCUACGUUUCCUGUGGAAGUUCUUCAGAUGCGUUUUUUCCCACGUAUCGUUGAUCUCAUUGGUUGUACUAUAUUGCUUGAUCGGCGCGUACGCUUUCGAAGCUCUUGAAGCCGCUCAUGAAAAAGAGAUCAAAAAAAGCAUUAAAGAUGUCAGAGGAAACGUUGCAGAACAACUAUGGAAGAUUACGAAAGAAGUGGAGGUUCUGAUUCGUGAAAAUUGGACGGACAGAGCACUGCGUGAAUUAAAGAGCUUCGAGAAUAACCUCGUGUGGAUGAUGGAGAAAGAAGGUUGGGAUGGGAGUGAAGGUGAAGAUGACAUCCAAUGGACGUUUGCUGGUGCUUUAUUUUAUUCCAUAGUGGUCAUCACCACUAUUGGGUACGGCCACAUUGCUCCGAAGACUAAGAACGGGAAAGUGGUAACCAUAUUCUAUGCCAUCGUCGGAAUUCCUCUCAUGCUACUCUGCCUCUCGAAUAUAGGCGAUAUUAUGGCCUCGAGUUUCAGAUUUUUAUAUUGGAGGGUUUGCUGCUACAUAUGCACUAAACCACCAAAAAAAAGACGACCGAGAAGCCAUUUUGUUAGAUCGUAUUCCAUGCGACAACCAGGACGAUAUGGUGGAAGCAAAGGUGGUUUUCGAAGAUCCAUCAGGGUAAGCCAAAUGUCAGCAGAUUCCGUUUUGUCUGAAAAUCUAGCAAGAUCGUCAUAUUUUGACAUGGAUUAUAAAUAUAAUCCUCGUCGAUACGAGGCUGGAGAAGAGAGAAAGACAAGUUCUUCUUAUCAAUUAUCGGGAAAUCCAAAUUUUGGAUUGAAAUCAGCAACAGUAUCCAGAUACUCUGAUUUGCCAAUAGCAAAAUCGAGCAAAGUCAGUUCCAAGAUGACAACGCAAUCAUUAGACAGGAAGUUGUUGAUGCGUUCUCCACAUGACAUUGAUCGUUCCUCGGUUUUGUGCAAUAAGUACGCCUUGGAUAAUUUGGAGAAUGAAUUACGACGGUGGCAAACUUCCGCCGGAAAUACAAGCGAUACGAGCAAAUCAAAAGAGGAGCCAGAGGCGACAGAAACUCGUGAAAAUAGUGAGAAACAAGAGCCAUUAAUGACGAGGUCGUUGCCCAGAAGAUGCUUAUCGAUGGAAGGUGCGACCAGCAACUACAGAAUGAGUCUGCCAACGUCUUUACGACCAUCGUCGAUUUAUUUGGAUUUAGAGAACUCGAAAAAGACUCAAGUUUCAAAAAUCAGACGUUAUAGAAACAAUUAUCCUAUUGCUCGAUCGUACAGAAGAGACACAUUGCCAUCCGACAUAAUGUCCUCAGCUGGAUUUCCUGUACAUAGACAAGUAUACGUAGACGAUUUUGAUUCGGAUUACGAAUAUUAUACUAACGAUGAUCAGGAAAGGCAGCAAAUAAAACCGGUACCAAUAUGGCUAUGCGUUUUCCUGGUGGUUAGUUAUAUUUUUGGUGGCGCCUUCUUGUUUAGCGCUUGGGAACAUUGGCCAUUCCUUGAUUCUGCAUAUUUUUGCUUUAUUACACUUACCACUAUAGGAUUCGGCGACUUCGUACCAGCGUACAAACUGGACGCCCAUAAAGGAAUUGCAGUUUGCUCGUUGUACUUGUUAUUUGGAAUUGCUUUGCUGGCAAUGAGCUUUAAUCUUGUGCAAGAGGAGGUCAUCAAUAACGUGAAGAACGUCGCAAAGAGGCUCGGGAUCAUCAAAGAGAGUGACGACGAGGAAGAUGCCGACGACUACGACGCGUACGACAUCGAAUACAACGACGAGGUCGACAACGAACUCGAGGGUUACAUCCUCGAUACUCCUCGAUCUCACUCGAUGGCUAGAAACGUUCGCGGAAUUUCCGUCGUGUAACCAACUCCUCUGACCGAAUUUCUUCUCAUUCACUGAUUUUGUUUCCUUCUUUUUCGCCAAUCCUUCUCUUUUCUUUUUUCUUUCUUUUAUUUUUUUCUUUUUUCUUAUUUCUUUUCUCUUAUUUUUUCACUAAUAUAGAUGAAUAAAAUUUUUUUUUCACCUAGAAUACUUACAUUAAUCCUAUAUUUUUCUAAAUUUUAAAGCUAAAUUUCAAUUUACAAUCAAAUUGCAUUAAAGAACUUGUUAGAAAUUAAUUUUUUUUGAGUUGAAAAUUGAAAAUAGAGAAUAAGAUUUGGAUAAUUUAUCCAAUUAAUUGAUUUGAAAAAUUUUUUAAAGAAAAUAAAGAAGAAGUUUUUUUUGCGAUUAAUGUUUCUUGACUUGAAAAUUUUGGAGAAGAAUUGCAAGAAUGUUUUUUUAGUUUUUAAUUGUAUUUUUUAAAGAUGAUAUAUUUUAAAGAUGGAGCCAGAAGAAAAUAUAUCAUCUUUUUAUUUAUUCGAUAUCAUAAAAGUUCAAGAUUCGUCUUAAAACUUUAUUCAUAUACUUCAAAAUGGAAUUAUUUAAAUCUUAUGUCAAUAUUCUAAAAAAUGAAUUUCAAUUUCCAGAAAAUCACCAUAAAUAAUAUUAAAAAUUGAAUGAAUCAAAAGUUUUAAAUAUAAACAUAAGGAUUAAUUAAAGAAAGUUCCAAUAUUUAUAAAAUAUUUAGAAAAGAAAAAAUUAAUAUCAAAAAUUUUGAAUAUAGACAUAAGAAUUGAUUAGAGAGGAUAAUAAUAAAAGUAGAGUUCCUAAAUGUUCUAAUAUUCACAAAACAAUAUAUAUUGGAGAAUGAUUGAAAAAUUAAAUAAUAUUAAAAAUUUUAGAUAUAAAAGAUUGACUAAAGAGGGCAGUACUCUCAGCAAGUGUUCCAAUAUAACAAAAUGGUGAUAUAAUACUUACAAAAUAUAAGUACGCAAAAAAAUGGCGCCAUAAACUGAUAAAUUUCAAACGCGUCACGGAGACGAUUCCGGAGGACAUUCGCGUCUACAGGGUGUCCAGAAAGUCAAAACUCAGUCGUAGCCAGCGGUUGGAUUCGGUUAUUUUUGGCAACGCGCUAUUUUCAGUUCAACGUCUCGAACCAAAUGGCACAGAAUCAGUUUGCGAGAAAGCCUCGGGGAAGAUUGGCUCGUUUUCACACAAUUAUCCGUGAAAAAACGAUCAUUCAAACUUGCAUGAAACCCAAUGUCAACGAGUGCCUUUAAAAAUCCCUGUUUAACUUUUGAAUAAAUGAAUAAAAAUUGAGAAUGAAAAUUCAAUCGAUGGAAAAUUGUUGUUUAACUUUUUUUUAUCAUUAAUUAAAUAUAAUCGAUUGAAGUUCAAUUUAUAAAAUAAUGAGAUAAAUUGGGGUUUGUUAGUUUUGUGCGCAUGAUGGAUAUAUGAUUAAUGAAUUAUAUAACUAGUGAAUGGAAUUAAGUGUUUGUUUUGAACAAAUUUUGAAAGAAGAAACGUAUUCAUUGAAGAUUUUUGUAGCCUUUGUGGAAAUUAUUUGAAUUGCGAUUGUUUAUAAAAUAAAACCGAGAAAUUAGUGUUAAUAUCGUUCAAAUUGUUAUAUUCUUAACAGCUAUCGAAGAAUUGAAUCAUGCAAUCAAUUAUUUAUUUAUAUUCAAUUUAAUCAUUAUGUAAAAGAUAUUUUUCGAUAAUUAUUUAAAAAUCAAUUUCAAAUAAAUAUAAAAAAAUUUAAAGGGGAUAGAGAAUAAUUACAUAAUCAUAAUUUUCAAAAUUUUCUGACUGAUUGUAAAACAAGUAAAUAUUAAUAUGUGAACAAAUAUUCAAAAUAAAUUCAAAUAUCUUUUAAAGGGGAAAUAAUUUAUAAGAAGAAACGUGAAAGUUCAAGAAGAAUAGAUCCUGGAGCACGUGUCAACACGUGGCAAGCCGUCUCGUCGGAUCGCCUGACUCAAAAGCAUAGACUGAUCUAUAUUUAAAGCACUACGAGGAGAAAUGAGUUAUUUCCAGGAUUCUCGAAAGUCCGAGAAAAAGUAGGGAAAAUAAAAAAUAAGAAAGUAAUAGAAACAAGUAAGUAAAGUAAAAUAAAUGAAAGGAGAAAUAUUAGAUAUUAAUAUCUUUGAUCGUAAAAAAGCUGAAUAAAAUUUUAAAGAGUGAUUUUUAAUAUUGUUAAAAAUUCGCAGGAAAGAAGAAAAUAGAAUAGAAAAUAGCGAAAAAUAAAAUAAGAUAAAAAGAAUAAUUUCGAGAUAAUGGAAAUUUUCAGGUCGAAGAAAAUGGAAAUAAAUAAAAUUCAGAAAUUCGAUUAACAACUUCAAUCGAAAAAGUCGACAAAGUAAAUAAAUUUUGACUUGGAAAAGACAAAAUAAAAGAAAAUAACGUAACGUUUCCACUUUGAAAACGCAAAACAAAAUAGAAAUAAUUUCAAUUAAUAACUUCAAUCGCGAUUGAACAAAAUUUUGAUCUCGAAAAGAUAAAAUAAAGGAACAUUGAUCAAUAGCCUCGAUUCUAGAAGAAGAAACGCCAUCCACUUACAUUUCGAAAACAAAAUGAAAAGAACUUUGGACCGAUAGAACUUUGAUAGUGAUUGAACAAAAUUUUGAUCUCGAAAAAUAAAAAUUAUAUAAGGAAAAGUAAUUUCGAUCGAUAAUUUUGAUUUCGAUAUCGAGGAAACGGAUAUAUCGUAAAGAAGAAAACGAAAUAUUCACUUCGACGAAUGGCCGUUCAUGGUGAACGGCCCAAUAGAUUUCGUUAAAGCAGUUUUCGAUUCUUGGCGGAUCGUGGACGAAGUCGAUAGCAGAGACUCGAGCGAUUCGAACGAUAUAAUCCACGAGAGAGAGCAGAGAAGGGAGCGAUACCGACGUUUCCUAUUAAACGCGGACCGUGUAAUUUUGCUAUUGCGACGGGUCACCGAUCGCGUAUAAUCCGCGAUCCCCUUUUUAGCAUUCUACCGUGUUCCUUCUAUUAAUUUAUCUGGAACAGAUCGUAGAGAUCGGAGGAAGCUUCUAUCCGGAAAAAAAGUGGAGAGGGAAUCGAUCGUGGAAAACGAACCGGAAGGAAUGCGUCCUCCAAAGGGUCGGUUGAUGAGGAGGGCAGUUUCCUUUGAAAUGCGUAAUUAUACGCGCUUAUUUAGAUAUGUUAUAUACAUAUGCAUAUAGCUAUUUGGAGAACUAAUGAUUUGAAAUAAAUGAAUUAACAAGAAAUUGGUUUUUAAAUGAAAAUUUUCUGAAAGAAAGAUAUCGAAUAUUUAAUAUUGAAAGCGAAUAAAUGAUAUAAGAAUAUAAGGUUCUUCUCUUGUUUAUUUUAUAUUGUGAAAUAAACAAUUAAUCUUACGUAA